GCUGCCGAGUGAAGUUCAACGGGGAUUCCGUUUUGGUCAUCAUUUUUAUUUAAUUGCUGCAUUUACUUGAAUAGGACAUUAAGAGAUAUACAAAUAAAAAACAACAAAAAUAUUGCAUAUAACUGACGACGUUUUAACCGAAAGCUUGUGUUACAUAAUAAAGCGAAACAUGCUGAAAACAUUUUCGAUCUACUUAAUUUUGGGACUUGCUGUGAGUUCGGCAAAUUCGCAAUUUUAUUUUCCCAAUGAGGCUAACCAAGUGCCGAACUAUGGACGGUGCAUCACGCCCAACAGAGAGCGUGCACUGUGCAUCCAUCUGGAGGAUUGCAAGUAUUUGUACGGAAUACUGACAUCAACACCUCUACUAGACGCGGAUAAACUAUAUCUCAGCCGUAGCCAGUGUGGCUAUUUUAAUCAGAAGGUUUUGAUUUGUUGCCCAGAUCGUUACCGGGACACCACGCCGGUGACGACAGUACGACCCACAGCAAACAAGACAAACACAAGCUUAUUGCCAUUGCCGGGUCAGUGUGGAAAUAUAUUAUCAAAUCGUAUUUAUGGCGGCGUUAAGACAAAAAUCGAUGAAUUCCCUUGGAUGGCGCUGAUCGAAUACACCAAAGGUAGUGGCAGCAAGGGUCACCACUGUGGCGGAUCACUGAUCAGCACUCGUUACGUAGUGACUGCAUCGCAUUGCGUCAAUGGUAAAUCUCUGCCCACUGACUGGCGUCUGACGGGAGCACGUCUUGGUGAAUGGGACACCGAAACGAAUCCGGAUUGUGAAGUCGAUGUGCGUGGUAUGAAGGAUUGUGCGCCACCGCACUUGGAUGUGCCAGUGGAGCGCACCAUACCGCAUCCAUCGUACGAUCCCAAUUCCAGGAACCAACUCAAUGACAUUGCUCUGCUACGCUUGGCGCGCCAAAUCGAAUACACGGACUUUGUGCGUCCCAUUUGUCUGCCGUUGGACACUAAUCUGCGAUCGGCCACAUUCGAUGGUAUUUCAAUGGAUGUGGCUGGCUGGGGUAAGACAGAAGAGAAGUCUUCCAGCAAUCUAAAGCUGAAGGCCGCCGUGGAUGGCUUCACCUUGUCGGAGUGCCAGUCCGUCUAUAGCCGCCAGAACAUUGUCCUAGAGAAUACACAGAUGUGCGCUGGCGGCAUGGAGGGCGUCGACUCGUGUCGUGGUGACUCUGGUGGCCCACUCAUAGGCCUCGACACAAACAAGGUGAACACCUAUUAUUUUCUGGCGGGCGUUGUUUCAUUCGGGCCCACGCCAUGUGGCCUGAAUGGCUGGCCAGGCGUUUAUACUCGAGUCGGACCUUAUGUAGAUUGGAUACAGUCUACACUGGAACCAUAAAAUAUUCCAAUAGCUUUAACUUACUUGGUAUUAAAGAUGAGCGAAACACGUAGCUAAGACCAUAACAAA